GUGGCUGCUCGCGGUUAAUCGCCGCUGUCUUACUCAGAGGAAAAACACACCGAUUCCCAGCGUUUUUCUUGGCGAGCUUGUGGAGAAAAAUGUCUUUUUUCCCCAAGAUAUCUUUGAAACCUGAAGUUGAAAACUAUCUUAAAGAGAUCUUUAUGAAUAAAGAGGUCGUGUCUGCUUCAAGCACACAAGCAGCAGAAACGAAGUUUGAAACUCUGUUACGCCGCUUGUCACACCCUCCCUCAUUCACAACUGUGAGAGUGAACACACACUUAGCCUCAGUUGAGCAUGUGAAGAGACUGUUGCUGGAGGAACUUGAGAAGCAGUUUAAUGGAUUACAAGUUCCUGUUCUUCAGCAUCCAGACCUUCCAGAUGUCUUCCUAAUUCCCGUCAUUGGACCUAGAAAGAAUAUAAGAAAACAACAGUGUGAAGUUAUUGUUGGAGCUCAGUGUGGCAAUGCAGUGUUGAGAGGAGCCCAUGUCUAUGUUCCAGGAAUCGUGUCGGCUUCAAAAUUUAUGAAAGCUGGAGAUGUUAUUUCUGUAUAUUCUGAUAUUAAAGGAAAAUGUAAGAAAGGAGCCAAAGAAUUUGAUGGAGCAAAAGUAUUUCUUGGAAAUGGAAUUUCUGAACUAAGUCGCAAAGAAAUCUUCAGUGGGCUACCUGAAUUGAAGAAUGCUGUGGAGAAAGAACUUCAUUCCUUCCACAUUAGCAGCUGGCAGACCGCACUGAGAACUGUAAAGCGCUCAUCUCGCGCGGGCUGCUUUCCCGAUUCCUGGAAUGUCACUCCUGUUGGAGCAGUUAUCCUAGGCAUAGGCAUCAGAAUGACAGAACCUGUAUAUCUUAGCCCUUCCUUUGACCGUGUGCUGCCCAAUUACUUAUUUUUACAAAAUUUGCCAUCUGCUGUAGUAACUCAUGUUCUGAAUCCUCAGCCUGGAGAGAAGAUUCUAGAUUUAUGUGCAGCACCUGGGGGCAAAACAACACAUAUUGCAGCAUUGAUGCAUGACCAGGGAGAAGUAAUAGCAUUGGACAAAAUAUCCAACAAAGUAGAAAAAAUAAAUGAGAAUGCUUCAUUAUUAGGGCUGAAUUCCAUUAGAGCAUUUUGCUUUGAUGGAACAAAGGCAUUUAAAGUUGACAUGACUGAGAACACGGAAGGUGCACCUCCAUUCUUGCCAGAAUCUUUUGAUCGAAUCCUCCUUGAUGCUCCCUGCAGUGGUCUGGGACAGAGGCCGAAUAUGGCUUGGACUUGGACACUAAAGGAAGUGAUGUCAUACCAGCCACUACAGCGAAAGCUCUUUACUGUGGCAGUUCAGCUGCUAAAGCCAGGUGGGGUGCUGGUUUACAGUACAUGCACUAUAACUCUGGCAGAAAAUGAAGAACAAGUUGCCUGGGCCCUUAAAACCUUCCCUUGUCUUCAGCUUCAACCCCAGAAACCACACAUCGGAGGAGAAGGAAUGCUGGGAGCUGGCCUAUCACCGGAGCAGUUGAAACAGCUACAGCGGUUUGACCCGUCCGCCGCACCCUUCCAACACACCUGCAUUGAUUCUCUCAGAGACGCCAGAGGAGAAGACAUGGUUUGGUUGGCAAAUAAGGAUUGCAUAGGGUUUUUUAUUGCAAAAUUUCUGAAAUGUAAAAGCACAGAGGGGGUGGUUUCUUGAAAUGAAAACAGCAAAGAAGCUGGCCAAUAGAAGUAUGUGUAUGCUGUCCUGAGGAGUUGGGGGAUAUUCUAGGUUUGUAAAUCAGCUUAUUCUUUAUAACCUGAAUAGAUGAAAAGGAGCUGUAAAUUGGUAUCUCGGACAUAUUUGCACUUGGCAGCUGUAUUUUAAUUUGUACAUACUAGACUUUUGAAUGUUAAAAUUUGGUGAAACUGAGAACAAAAGAAUAAAACUAUCAACAUUUAAUACGA